UUCCUUUCUUUUUUCCAUUAUUCCCUUUUUCUCCUUCUUCUGCUGCUGCUCCUCCUCUCUGACUACAUCACGGGAACAACAAUGGAAGAUUUUGGGUCGUUAUGGGCCUUUGAAUCGGAGAGCAUUGAGGAAUUGAAGCAGAAGCUUCUUCAUUCGAUGAUCGAACUAGAAUCGGCAAACAAACUCAAGAUGGAACUGUUCGAUCUCCUCAAGGUUGUAUACCAUGAAAGAGACGAACUUCGAGAAGCACUCAUGAAAGUUCUUCACAAGCUAGCAACCACAUCAUCGCCGAGUGUUCCCGAGGAUAAUGUCAUUCCUCCGGUUAUUCGCGAAAGUCUGAUUAUGUUGCCCAACACAAAAGCGAACUCAAGCACCACUGAAUCCAACAGUCUCUCUCACGGUUCUUCCGCGGUAGAUUCCUUUCUGGACGCAGUUUCUUCUCCUGAUUUCUCAAACAUGAAUGUUGCCGAUUCCCGAAACGUGGGUUUUUUCAAUUCUGAAAAGACCCAGCGUGAUCCUGCUAGUGUGGUUAUUGAGAAUCUGAUCAAAGGAAAAGCUCUGCCUCAAAAAGGAAAGCUGCUUCAGUCUGUGAUGGAAGCUGGACCGUUGCUUCAGACUCUUCUCGUUGCUGGUCCGCUUCCUUGUUGGAGAAAUCCACCUCCUAUUCAACCCAUUAAGCUUCCACCUUUCAGCAUUAAGGACUUGGAAUCCCCAGCUCUAUACUCGAAUUCUUCUGGGUUUCCGAUGAAAGCUCUCGAGACGUGUUCUUCAGCUUCUAUGAUGAACUUUGCUAUUAAUAACGCUGUUUCUUGGCAGUCGACCUCGACUGCGAGUUUUAACAACCAAGUUCCUGCAAGCAAGCGUCAGAGGCUUUGACCAGUGAUUUUGAUGCAGUAUCAAUUAGUGCCUUUAUCUAAACCCCUUUUGUAAAUGGAGUUCGGUGAUUGGUGUAAAUGGCAUACCCUUCUUUUGAUUGAUGUUUGAGUGACGUAGCCUUGUCGGUUUUCCCCGAUGUUUAUGUUUAGAG